AUGGUGCACGGGUCUCCUCUCGUCUUGCCGAAUCCCGCGCCCGGGGAACCUGAACUACCCGACCAAUGGCGGCUGUACCAGCUGGACACCCGCGUCCGGACCUUCAGCAACUGGCCGUUCACCGAGGACUGCGCCUGUACCCCGGAGAAGGUGUCACUGGAGGAGCACCGGAAACAUUCCCCCAAAUGCCUCUUCCUGACCCUGAAGAAGUCGUCUGAGGAGAUGUCGGUCGGUGAAUUCGUCAAGCUGGAUAUGGAGAGAGCCAAAAUAAAAAUGCAUAAAAUCAUGUACAAGCACAUCGAGAACUUCCAGACGCUGGCGCAGACCGUAAGGAGCUCGUUGGAGAAGCUGGAUAAGAUGGAAGUGGAGACGAUGGACAGAGGUGACUCGGAGUGACUUCCUGUCGCCGCUCUGCAGUUAGUUACAUUGUACAUAGUGUUCAUAUUCCCUUUCCUGUACGUCUCUCGGGGUCUCUGGGAUUUUAACAUUUACCGUUA